GACGAGACGGAAGGAAAGAGCAAGGCGGUGCCGAUAAAAGUUAUGACGAGCUCUACCUCUGACAGUGAUCGUCCUUAUCAGUGAAGAGCGCCGCCGCCCUCUGGAUUCUGUGGCUCCGAGGCUCCUGUCACCCAGUGUGUUGUUUCUGUGCCAAUUGUACCAGAAUGGCCAAAAACACCUUAAGUUCAGAGUUUCGUAAUAUUGAUGUGGACCAGUACAAUGAAGAUAAUUAUAAGGAUGAUGAUGGAGAGCCUCAAAGCCCCCCAAUUGGAGUAGAAGAAGCCACAGUUGUUUCCAGCAUUAAUUCAGGUAACCAUGCUGAUGCCCUGAAGCUCUUACUUACAAAUGCUCCUGUGGCUUCCAAAGGAAAGAAUGAACAAGCUAAGGAUAUGGCACUAAACCUAGUUUUGAAGGUGCUUCUGUCAGUCAACAAAUCACAGAUGGAUCAGAUAAUUGCAUCACUCGACAAGACACAGCUGGAUGUGCUCAUGAAAUACAUUUACCGAGGGUUUGAAAGGCCAUCAGAAGGGUCAUCAGCCAUUUUACUCAUAUGGCAUGAAAAAGUGUACAAUGUUGGUGGUGUUGGGUGUAUUGUAAGGGUGCUCACUGAUCGAAAAAGAGUCUGAAGUUAAGAUGGUUUUUGUAUUUGUACUACUGAAGUGUUUAAGAUUUUGUUGUGUUUUACAUCACAGGGUUGAUAGCUGCAUGUCACGUACAAAGACAGUCAUUCCACACUCAUUGGUUAGUAUCAUUGGCUUUUAUUUAAUCAGACUAUACACUGAAAGUUUUAUAAAUAAAUUUAUGCAAUUAUUAGUUUACUCAUUUGCAAUACAUACCACAAGUUGAGUAAUGAACCUCUAUAUAUCAUGAUUUUCACAUGUAAAUAUUUGCAUGGGGAGUUAGUUAGUGCCUACAGUAUUGUAACAAACACAGCACACAGUAAAAUAAAUAUACUUAGUGUAAUUUCAGUAACAGAUAAGUGCAUCAAGGUCAGUGGUUACAGAUAGAGCCAUAAAUUAAUCAUAUUGUUUGAUUCUUUAAGCUUUAUAUUUCAACAAUUAACAAAGACAGCAAAAUUAAAAUGUAUGAAUGGGGAUCAGAUGCUGACUGAUGAAAUUAUACAAAAAAAUUUAGAUAUUUAAUGUAGAGAUUUAUUUGACUUCUGUAUUUUGAUUUUUCUCGAGUACCAUCCCAACAAGUUGGGAAACUGCCAGUUGUAUAUACAUAUAUAUGCUAAAUGAUAAUGAUUAAACUUAAUAACGUAUGCACGCAUGUUUUGUCAGCUCACGACACUUGCUGCGGAAUACCAGAGAUUUCUCUGUAUAUAUGUUAUGGCUAUGUACUAAUUUCUAUGUGUACCCUUCACAUUCCUAAAAGUUUAGUGUGACAAAUGCUAAUUCUAGGUAUCCACAGCUUUUGAAGUUUUUUUUUCUUUAUCUUUUGUCAGUAUGUUACUUUCAUCUCAUAUAACAGUAUUUACUUGCCUUCUUAGUAAUUAUUUAACUCCAUCUAAUCAUGAUGAAUAAAAGCUGAAAUUGAAUCCUA